CCCGCCUCCGCCUCCGGCUCCGGCCAGCAGGGAGUUUUUCCUGCCUCUCAGUCGGGAUUUGGAGACUCCGGCGUCCUCCGGCUUUUCAUGGAAGAGAUGUCAGGAGAAAGCGUGGUGAGCUCAGCCGUGCCGGCGGCUGCUACCCGCACCACCUCCUUCAAGGGCGCCAGUCCCAGCUCCAAGUACGUGAAGCUGAACGUGGGCGGAGCCCUGUACUACACCACCAUGCAGACGCUCACCAAGCAGGACACCAUGCUCAAGGCCAUGUUUAGCGGGCGCAUGGAGGUGCUCACUGACAGUGAAGGCUGGAUCCUUAUUGACCGUUGCGGGAAGCACUUCGGGACGAUACUCAACUACCUUCGGGACGGGGCUGUGCCGCUGCCCGAGAGUCGCCGGGAGAUCGAGGAGCUGCUAGCAGAAGCCAAGUAUUACCUCGUCCAGGGCCUGCUGGAAGAGUGCCAGGCGGCGCUACAACAGAACAAAGACACUUACGAGCCAUUCUGCAAGGUUCCUGUCAUCACUUCAUCCAAAGAGGAACAAAAACUUAUAGCCACCUCCAACAAGCCAGCCGUGAAGUUGCUCUACAACAGAAGUAACAACAAAUACUCCUAUACCAGCAAUUCUGACGACAAUAUGUUGAAAAACAUUGAACUGUUUGAUAAGCUGUCUCUGCGCUUCAACGGAAGGGUCCUGUUCAUAAAGGACGUCAUCGGGGAUGAGAUCUGCUGCUGGUCUUUUUAUGGUCAGGGCCGCAAGAUCGCCGAAGUCUGUUGUACUUCCAUCGUCUAUGCCACCGAGAAGAAGCAGACCAAGGUGGAGUUCCCCGAAGCCCGGAUUUAUGAGGAGACCCUGAAUAUUUUGCUGUAUGAGGCCCAGGAUGGCCGGGGACCUGACAAUGCACUCCUGGAGGCCACCGGCGGGGCAGCUGGGCGCUCCCAUCACCUGGAUGAGGACGAGGAACGGGAGCGAGAGCGAAUCGAGCGCGUGCGGCGGAUCCACAUCAAGCGCCCGGACGACAGGGCCCAUCUCCACCAGUGAGCAGGCUGGCAGACCAGGCACCCUCCUCCCCACCUUCCUCCCCCAUGUCCCGCGCCAUGGCCCCCCCUCCCCCCAUCCUGCCCCACUCAGAUCCCAUGCAGGCUUCCGGCACCUUCCACCUUCCCUGGAGCCACUUUUGUAACAUGCCGGAUGAUGAUUUUGCUAUUUCUGGACAAGGUGGGUUGAUUCUGUCUUGCCCGGGUGUACACACCCCUCCUGUUGAACAAGCUGUGGCUCAGGUCUCCACUUUUUGUGUGGAUCCGAGGAGCCAGGCUUUCUUGGUUCUCCCAGAAAAAGUCCGAAUGUGAGUGUGUGUGAGGACUUUGGUUGGCAGUAUUUAUUUUUGUGGGUGUUGACUCCCUGUUAGGGUUUCUCUUCUGAGUGGGGCUCUGCAGUGGGCCGACAGGAGCGGUGGGAGCCUCCUGGCCUGUGACCUUCCAGCCUUGGCAGACGGGGCCCGGGCCCUGUGCGUUCCGAUGAACAACCACAGCGCAUGGCAGUGGAGUGUCUCAUCUCUUAAUAUCCCUUAGUGUUGCUCUGGGUCUAGUCUUCAGGAGCAGACCUUUUGCCACCGUGGCUGCCCUUUGUCUGGGACGCGCUGGAACCACAUUGGCAAGGAGCAAAGCUUUCCCUGGCAGUGCGUGUCCCGCUCUCCUGCUCCUUCUACUCGCUGCAUUCCCCAGGGUCCAAGGGUCACCUCGCAGGCUGAGCGGCCCAGGAUCCACUCCCUCCCCUGCAGAAGGGGGCGCCUUGCCUCUUUGGUCAGCAAUCAGAUGCUUCCUCCCAGCCUGGGAGCCUGACAGGCACCAGCUCAGAGGGAGCUUGCCGCUCUGAUCCCCUCUCGUCUUUGUCUGAGUUUCGGCAGUGACUAGGCUGUGUGUGUGUGCAGAUAGAUACCCAUGGGUCCCGAUUGUAUUCGUGUCUAAGGGAUGUGUGAGAUUGUUGGCGGGAUAGAUGCUGGCAGGGCACAGGUGGCCCUCGCCGAGCCUGGCUGUGCAUGGUGCUCGUGUAAGAUGGACAUUCUCAGUUACCUACCUCCCAGAGUCUUCUGCGUCUGUGUGGGAACAGAGUGAGUCGUGGCCGAUGGGAUGGUUGAGUAGACGACUAGGUAAAGUAGCACAGGGAGAUGUGAAUGUGUGUCCGGUAAUGGAUGGAUCUGGUCUGCUUGGCCAGGGACUUGUUGUCGUUUUAUACCAAAGGUAUUAACAUGGGCAGCCUUUGACAGGUGUAUUCCAAAAAAUGUUCUAUUUUGGAACUUUUUUUUUGUUUUUGGCUUAGAGUUUGUAUGCAGCAAUCCUUCCGGUGACAGUGGUAUGCCUUUCUUUUGUAUCCAGCAGCAGAGCUACAAUAAAACUUUCAAUCAAUCAUGCCUUCCACCCAAAACCACGUAUUGGGGAGACGCUUUUUAAACUGUUAUGUGGGAAACUUUUAUAUUAAUCCAUUUGGGUUUUAUUAUAGUGCUAAGGAAAGGGAACUUGCAAAACGUUGUUUCGUAAACAUUUUAUAUUGUCGAAGUUUUAAAUGCCCACCCUACCCCUUGGGUUAAACUUUUUUAGAACGUUCAUGUAAACGUCAGUUCUGAUGUUUUCUGUAGGAAUGGAAAGCCAUUGUGUAUGAGUUGUUUUUAAAUGUUUGUGUGCGAGGUUAAGUUUGUAGAACAAUCACAUUUGUUUCAGCUUCUGAGCCUUAGGAGCUGGUGUUCCUGCCAGUGCUCUCCCCUAACACUGCACCUCUAGUUGUAUGUCCCUCCCCCAGGGUUAGAGCGACAUAGGCUACGGUGAGUAGGAUUGUUAAUAGACCAUAAGAAACUGAUUUGUCUUAGGCUGGCAUGAAGGGUGAAAGUCAUAUUUGUGAAUGAUCCAGGUAAAACACUGGCCUAAAAUUUAGUAAAGAGUAAGGUUUUAUUACAGUGUAAUAGCUUACAAUUAAGAGGCUGGAACAGCUGUUGGUUUAUGUUCAGAACAAGUCACCAAGUUGUGACUGCAGCCUGUAUUCUCCCCGCUCCUUCCCGUGGUCACGAGCUCGUUGGCUUUGGUGCAGGUUCUGGCCCUUACCAAAUGUGUGAACACCCACCCUCCCUGGACUGUGUGAAGUCUCGGUCACACUUCCAUGAACCUUUGUCACUCCAUGCCACAAAAAAACCGUUGUUUUAAAAGUAGUCAGUGUGUCUCGUACAAGCAUUGUGGGCAUAUGUAAAAUAAAAGUUUUACCAUGCUGUG